AUGGAAUACCCAAAUAUUCAUCAAGUCAUUCUUCAACAACAUCCUUAUUAUAUACAAUCAAGAAAUGAGGUAUUGUUUUGUCCACUACCUUACAGUCACGUAGUAGAUGAUGAAGAUAUUCCUUAUGAAGAAGGUUUAGAAAUAAUAAAUAAAACAUUAACACUUGUGGUUAGUAGAUGUGUGAACAAAAAAAAUUAUAAAUUGGCUUAUACAAUUUUUUUGAACGCCAUUGAAAGUAUGGUCUUUACAUUCAUGUAUCGGUUCUGCGAGUUUGCAAUAGAAAUGAAUAAACAACGUGCUGAAAUAUCAUUUUACUUAGGAAAUUUUAGUGGAAAACUUGCUGAACUUAUACCGAANGCUGAAAUAUCAUUUUACUUAGAAAAUUUUAGUGAAAAACUUGCUGAACUUAUACCGAAAAUUAAUAGAGAAUGGAUUUCUCCUGAACCGCAUGAAUGUAUUUUAGAUGUUUAUAAAAAUCACAAAUCUAAGGAAUUCAAAUUUAAUAAAUUCAACAGAAAUUACAAAAAUGCUUUAUUAAACUGCAUGAAGUUAAUGGAAAAUAAAGUGCAUUUUUUAAAAGAACCUAAUAAUAUAUCAAUGAAUAAUAUGGCUAUGAAAGCAAAUGUUUUGGAUGUAACAAAUACAGUAGCGGUGAUUCGGGAAUAUACUUUUUUUCACCAUGUGGACAUGGCUGGUCAUGUGAAAGUGUAUGAGCCCUUACCACCAAGAUGUAUCUUAGAUGGACGAGAAGCACGUUGUGUAAUGUGUCGCAGUCAAGUAACAGAUGAUGAUGAUGAUGAACUGUCAAAGAGUUACAUAAUGAUACCAUGUGGUCAUGGUUGGUAUUGUGAAAAUUGCAUUGAGGACGAAAAGUGUUCAAUAUGUUCCAAGAAAAAAACAGAUAAAUUGUGUAUAAUAUUAAAAAACAAUGAAUUGCAUUCAAAUUAAUCCGUGUUCAUUAUGGCGCAUUGGUACUACAGAUACAUUGUGUGUAAAUUUGUAAAACAAUGAAUAAAUCUAUUAAUGUUAUUUCUAUAA